GAGAUGACGCAUUCCUGGCCUCCUCCUCUUACUGCUAUUCACACUCCCGGCAAGGCUGAGCAGACCAAGUUUUCUAUCCCAAGCAAGGUACAAGACUCCCAACAUCUGACCUCAGGAUACAAUGUACAAAAGUGGAGUGAUCCAGCAGGGAAAGUUGCAACUAAGUCAGUGCCACAAAAGUCAAUGCUUGAGGAUGAUCUGAAACUCAGCAGUGAUGAAGAUGACAAUGAACAGGCUGCUGAAAAGACAAAAUUGAGAAACAUUCCUGUAAACAGCCUGCCAGUGCCCGCAGCACACGCGUCCGGCUUGGCCCAUUCCAGCGGCGGCUCCGGGAGCUCCAGCGAGUCCGAGAGUAGCUCUGAGACCGACUCCGACAGUGAGAGCAGCUCCAGUGACAGUGAGUGCAAUGAGGAGUCACGCAGUGCCACACCAGAGCCCGAACCCCCCUCAACAAACAAGUGGCAGCUGGAUAAAUGGCUAAAUAAGGUGAACCCCCACAACAAGACCAUCAUCAACAAUCAAAAUGAGCCUCACAGCGAGACCAGCUCCCAGGCCCAGAGCAACCAGCAGGCCGAAGGGCCAAACAAAGGGAAGCUCAACAGCAGCCUGCCCCCGAGCGAUUCCAAAGACCGGGCGAUCCUUAGUCCCAUCCGAGAGAAAGCCAAACCACGGGUUGCCCAGAAAACCCCAGAGGCAAAAAGCUCCAAGCAGAAGUCACCAGCUCAUAAUGAGCCAGCUUCACAAAGGACUACUGGGAAAAAGCAACCCAAAAAGGUAGAAAGGACUUCCAGUGUAGAAGAGUAUAACUGGCCCAAACCAAAUAAUACCAGCAACACUCCCAAAGAAAAAGACCCACAGGAACCCCCUGAGCAGCCAAAGGUUCGAACUAAAGCAGCAGUUGGGAAGACAGCUCCAAGGAAAGAACCACGGACUAGCACAGGUCUCACUUCAGAGAAGAAAAAGUACAGAGGCCCCAGCAAAAUUGUCCCUAAGUCCCGGGAAUUCAUCGAAACAGAUUCAUCUACUUCUGACUCAAACACAGACCAGGAGGAGAGCUUGCAGGCUAAGGUAUUGCCAGCUUGCACUGGGUCUGGCAGUGGUGCCAAAGUGAAGGACUCUGGCAGUAACAUCCUCAGCGUAAGUAGUUUAACUAGCAAUGGCAGCAACACAUCCAUUGACCAGACCAGCAAUGACCUGGAGGAGCAGCUCUUUUCUCCUAUCCCAAUCGUACAAAAUGAACUUCUGUCCCCACUGAGAGAAUAUGAAGAACUCAAAUCUCUGUGGGUGAAAAUAGACCUUAGUUUACUCUCUAGGAUACCUGGACAGGAGCCUUUUGAGGCCACAUCUGUGAAAAGUGAACCAAGAGAGGCAAAUGUGAAACACAGGCGACCAUCUCGAGAGUCCCCUACCCCAGCAGCUGAAAAACCAUCCACAAAAUCCAAAAGGAAACACAAGCAGACAGAAAGCCUGGAUACCUUUGUUGAAAGCAAGAAGCAGCGCCUGGAGGACCCUUCAGCUUCUUGCCUGCUCCCACCUUGUAUCUCUCCGAUACCGAAUCACAGAAUAACCAGCACUAAAGAGAGCAAUGGUGGCUCAGUGAAGAAGGUGACAAAGAAAAGAGAAGAGAAGCUGUUCCCUCCUCCGUUAUCCCCACUCUUGGAUGAGCCUGUGCACCGACGGCACAGCAGUGAAAACAGCUCCUUCAGCCAAGAGACCACCAUCACCAACACCUCACAGACCAGCAGCUCUUCCUCCUCUGUUUCUAAACACAGAAAGAAUGAAAACAAAUCCUCUUCUAACCCCAAAGGAAUCUGUGAAGAAGAAUCUCACAAUACACCAACAGCCAACACUCUGCUUGACACCAGCCAUCUAGAACCAGACAUCUGGUCUGCAAUGCCAACGCUUUCCAAUGGGAAUUCUGAGCCCAGAAGACCCAAAAUAACAUUUGAUGAUGUGCUUCACAAUGCGGAUUUUUACAUGCAAGAGGCCAAGAAGCUAAAGCAUAAAGCAGAUGCAUUGCUGGAGAAGUUCGGUAAAGCAGUGAAUUAUGCUGAUGCUGCCCUCUCCUUCAUCGAGUGCGGGAACGCUAUGGAGCGAGAUCCAUUAGAAGCUAAAUCUCCAUACACCAUGUACUCAGAGACUGUGGAACUCAUCAGGUAUGCAAUGAGACUCAAGAAUUUCACAGGCUCUUCUGCCACAGAAGGGGACAAGAAAUUAGCAGUUUUAUGCUACCGAUGCUUAUCACUUCUCUACUUGAGAAUGUUUAAACUAAAGAAGGACCAUGCUAUGAAGUACUCCAGAUCUCUGAUGGAAUAUUUUAAGAACUCUUCAAAAGCCUCACAGGCCCCCUCACCUUGGGGCGGCAAUGGAAAGUGA